AUGGCUGCCAACAACCCCAUUAGGACUCAUUUCUACUGCCGUGGCGUCAACCUAAUUGGCUGCAAGCAAGAGAGCGGCACCAGCAGGAGGAGCAGAAAUAGUAACACCAGCAGCAGCAGCAGCAGCAGUAGUAGUAGUAGUAGUAGUCGUCGUCGUAAUAGUCCUCCAACCAAAGCCUCUCCUCGUCUUUCACUUCGUCGGACAUUUAUCAUUACUUCUAGCCUGCAGCAUUUUGUCCUCCAUUGCGAGGACGCUAGUGAGAAGAGGGUCCAGAGCAGCAGCGCUCGCAUUGUUUCACCUGACGGAAAGAAGAGAAAUGAAGCCGCUGGUUGCUUGGAUAUCGACUGGUACUACAGCAGUAUCCUCACCCCGCCAGCCAGCGCAUAUGGCAGUUCACACCAGUCACUGUGGGAGUCACCAUGUGGCUCGGGUUUUUAUGUCCGGCACCUCGUAAUAAGACACGCAGUUUUUUCUUCUUCUUAUGAGAGGCAUUCUCCUUCCUACCAACUUUCUUAUUCGUCCUUUUGCCCUUUCAUUCCAACGCCUAUUGCCUCCUCCUCCUCCUCCUCCUCCUCCUCCUCCUCCUCCUCCUCCUCCUCCUCCAAAAUAAAGUAG